CCAUGCGCUAUUCGGCGUCGUCGGUUACUUCGUGGACCACGUCUUAUCCACGUCAACGGCAUUUGAAAUAGACACCACAGCGCGCGAGGAAGCUAGCGUCGCUAGACGAACCGAAGGUGGUCUCCUCCCUCACCGCUUUCGCUCGUCGGACUGCAAACUGUGCCGUUGAACUCGCUCUGUGCGUGUGUCUUUGUAUGCUUGUGUGUUUGAACGAGUGUGUUGAGUGUGCGCGCGCGUCUGCAGCACCCAUAAAUGCGCGGUAUGUUUUGAUCGUAAGAAGGAUGCGAGUCAUAGUAGUUUAAAGUAGCGGUAUGUUUGUGCGAAUGUGUGCUAAUCCCCGAGAGAACGAGAACGCAAUUGUGCCGUGUAUGUCCUGUGCGGAGCCUAUAAGUACAACAUAAGAGUAAGAAGUAACAAAGGGCGAACCUUCCAAAUGACCUCUGUCGUCUACUACCACUACUAUUUUCCAAAAACUAAAAGAUUCUAUUGAAGGAAGGAUAGCUGCAACCGAGAGCACAAGACUGAAAAUCAUCGACUCAACUACUCCUACCUACCUAUCUACUUCUGCCACUUCCUGAUCUGAUCCUUGAUCGAAAAAGAAGGAUUAAGGAUAAAAGAAAAAGAGCGAAAGAGAGAGAGAGAGUGUGCGCAUGAGUUUGGAACGAAAAAAGAACGAAAGAGGCGUUGCGAGAUAUACUUGUAGGGGCAACAACGGACUGUCCUUCCCUCCGUUGCUCCCUGCACUGUGAUUCCGAUAGAGACUCCCAAUUCUACAUCCUUUCUGCCACCACAAGCGACCUGCAACCACCACUACUGUAUCGUACGACCAUCCUGGGGGGAGCUUUUUGAGUGAAGGAUGAUAAAUGCGUAACCAACGGCGACAGCAAAUCAACAGUCUUGAUUGACUCUGGAAUGUCCGUUCAAAACUGGUUGGAGGUGCGAUCUUGUCGACGUCUCGUCCUUGUUCAACGACCCGUGGAUUUGCAGUUUAAAUCGUUCCGAGGAGUGAACCUACAAAGCAAUCAUUGACUUUUUGAGGACACGAUCAAGUUUUACUACGAAAAGGGCGCUACUAAUCGCGAUACAAAGCCCUUGCACACCAACAACAAGCAACGAAGUGGUCGUGUAUGUGUACAAAAGCGAAUAUAGCGUGUGUGCGUGUGAGUCGAGUGUUUGUCGUGCGUGUGUGCUGUGCGUCCUGUGAGUGGUGAAGCAUAAAUCGGAGCAGAAGAAGUUCCCCACUCCCUACCCCAGUGUUUUACAUCGAGGUCUGUGAUCAGUGAAAGCAAAGAAAAAAGGGAUAAGCGAUGGCGCUUCCGAUGAUCCGCCUGGAGGAGGCGAACCAGCUGCUAGACUUCUCCAAGAAACUCGACAUCGAUCUCUUGGACAAUGUCGUGUCCUGCCUGUACAACAGCACCGGUGAGCAGCUGCGGUUGGCACAAACCGUCCUGACGACACUGAAGGAACAUCCGGACGCGUGGACUCGUGUGGACAGCAUUCUCGAGUACUCGCAGAACCAGCAAACCAAGUUCUACGCCCUGCAGAUCCUGGAAGAGGUGAUCAAGACACGCUGGAAAAUCCUACCCCGCAACCAGUGCGAGGGAAUCAAGAAGUACGUGGUCGGGCUGAUCAUCAAGACGUCGCAGGAUCCGGCGAUGAUGGAGGCGAACAAGGUGUACCUGAACAAGCUGAACAUCAUUCUGGUUCAGAUCCUGAAGCGCGAGUGGCCCAACAACUGGGAGACGUUCAUCAGCGACAUCGUCGGUGCAUCGAAGACGAACGAAACGCUUUGCCAGAACAACAUGAUCAUCCUGAAGCUGCUGAGCGAGGAGGUGUUCGACUUCUGCUCCGGGCAGAUUACGCAGACCAAGGCGAAGCACCUGAAGGACACGAUGUGCUCGGAGUUCGCCCAGGUGUUCACGCUGUGCCAGUUCGUGCUAGAGAACUCGCUAAAUGCCCCGCUCAUUUCGGCCACGCUCGAGACGCUGCUAAAGUUUCUCAACUGGAUCCCGCUUGGGUACAUCUUCGAGACGAAGCUGAUCGAUAUGCUUGUAUGUCGGUUCCUCACGAUACCGAUGUUCCGCAACAUCACGAUCAAGUGUCUGUCGGAGAUCGCGGGCCUGCAGCUGCCGAACUACGAUCACGUGUUUGUUGCCUUAUUCAAACAAACUAUGGAGCAAUUCGACACGAUGAUCCCGCCCCACACCAACAUGAACCAGAUCUACAUGAAUGGGUCUGACGACGAGCAGUGCUUCGUGCAGAAUCUGGCCAUGUUUCUCUGCACCUUCCUGCGGGUGCACGCAACGCUCGUGGAGAAGCGCGACACGAUGGAGGUAGUGCUGAAGGCACUCGAGUAUCUGGUGAUGAUCUCCGAAGUCGAGGAUGUGGAGAUUUUCAAGAUCUGUCUCGAGUACUGGAACAGCCUAACCAGCGAGUUGUACAAGGAAGCGUACACCUCCAGCCAGCGGCGCACGUUCUAUCACAAGAUUCUGUCGAAGGUGCGCUACAUCAUGAUCUCGCGAAUGGCCAAGCCGGAGGAGGUACUGGUGGUGGAGAACGAGAACGGUGAGGUGGUGCGCGAGUUCAUGAAGGACACGAAUAGUAUUAACCUGUACAAGAAUAUGCGCGAAACUUUGGUCUACCUGACGCAUCUGGACUACGCUGAUACUGAGCGUAUCAUGACCGAUAAGCUGAACAACCAGGUGAACGGUACGGAGUUUUCCUGGAAGAACCUCAACACGCUUUGCUGGGCGAUCGGCUCCAUCUCCGGGGCGUUCUUCGAGGACGACGAGAAGCGGUUCCUGGUCACCGUCAUCAAGGAGCUGCUGGGACUGUGUGAGCACAAGAAAGGCAAGGACAACAAAGCGAUCAUUGCGUCCAACAUCAUGUACGUCGUCGGACAGUAUCCUCGUUUUCUGCGGGCCCACUGGAAGUUCCUCAAGACGGUCGUGAACAAGCUGUUUGAGUUUAUGCACGAAACACACGACGGCGUGCAGGACAUGGCCUGUGAUACGUUCAUCAAGAUAGCGCUCAAGUGUCGCCGCCAUUUCGUGCAGCUGCAACCGAAUGAGUCGUGUACAUUCAUCGAAGAGAUCCUGGCUACGAUGAGCAGCAUCAUUUGUGAUCUUCAACCGCAGCAGGUGCACACCUUCUACGAAGCAGUCGGUUACAUGAUAUCCGCCCAGGCAGACCAGGUGCAGCAAGAUAUUCUGAUCGAAAAGUAUAUGAUGCUGCCCAAUCAGGUGUGGGACGACAUAAUUUCACAAGCGACCAAGAACGUGGACAUACUGAAGGAGAUGGGCGCGGUGAAGCAGCUUGGCAGCAUACUUAAGACGAACGUGCGCGCCUGUAAAGCCCUCGGCCACUCGUACGUGUCCCAACUCGGGCGCAUCUAUCUGGACAUGCUGAACGUGUACAAAAUCAUGUCGGAGAACAUUACGCAGGCCAUUUCGGUGAACGGUCUACUGAUCAACAAUCAGCCGCUCAUCAAGGCGAUGCACGUCGUGAAGAAGGAAACGCUGACGCUGAUCUCUGAGUGGAUCUGGAAGUCGAACGACCCGCAAAUGGCAAUGGACAACUUCAUUCCACCGCUCAUGGACGCCGUGUUGUAUGAUUAUCUGCGUACGAAGGUGCCAAACGCACGGGAACCGCUGGUACUGAGCACGAUAGCGUCUAUCGUGAACCGGCUUCAGGGUGUGUUCACCCCAGAAAUACCGACCAUCUUUGACACCCUGUUCGGCUGCACGCUGGACAUGAUAAACAAGAACUUCGAGGACUAUCCGCAACACCGCACGAACUUCUAUGAACUGCUCCAGGCGAUCAACAUGCACUGCUUCAAAGCGUUCCUCAACAUUCCGCCCGAUCAGUUCAAGCUGGUGUUCGACUCGAUUGUGUGGGCCUUCAAGCACACGAUGCGGAAUGUGGCGGACACCGGUUUGAACAUUCUCAUGCAGAUGCUCCAAAAUCUCGAACAGCAUCCCCAGGCGGCGCAAAGCUUCUACCAGACGUACUAUACCGACAUUCUGAUGCAGGUGUUCUCGGUGGUGACGGAUACGUCGCACACGGCCAGCCUGCAGAACCACGCGACCAUCCUGGCGUACAUGUUCUCGCUGGUCGAGGCCGGCCGGAUCACGGUGAAGCUCGGCCCGUCGGACGACAACGUGCUCAACAUCCAGGAGUACGUCGCGACGCUGCUGAAGUCCGCCUUCAGCCACCUGACCGACAACCAGAUCAAGAUUUUCGUCACGGGACUGUUCAACCUCGAUCAGGAUGUGCACGCAUUUAAGGAGCAUUUACGGGAUUUCCUCAUCCAAAUCAAGGAAGUGACCGGAGAAGAUGAUUCCGAUUUGUACCUGGAGGAACGAGAAAAUGAACUGAAAAAGAUACAGGAGGAAAAGCGGCGCAUGCUGAUGACGGUGCCUGGAAUGCUGAACCCGCACGAAAUGCCCGAAGAUAUGCAGGACGAGUAAAGUGAACGAGAGCAGAAGAAUAAGAAAAGGAGGGAGGAGUGCUACGUGACCGUCGACUAGCCAUCACCAAUUCUGAAAACACCUUUGUUCCCCUCGGAACACACCUACUUUUUCUCCUUUCCUUUGUUCCUGCCCAGCAAACUCUAUUACAACCUUUCCCCCCCUAAUCCCUAAAAAAGUAUAAUGCUACGGCUCAAAGGGACGACGACAAGCACACCUUUAACACUUUGCCAAUAGUAGUAGUACACACGAUCCGGGGGGCGGGCGGAUCAAAAGAAUGGCGCGAAUUCGACGGCAACGACGAAACAGAAUAUGAUGAUCAUGAUCGUAAAUGAUCUUGAAGACGUGGACGGGCGAAGUACGGCUUUCGAAGGACGAGAACAGGGAUGAUGUGUGCGCGUAGUUUUUUAAUUAACUUCUUAUCAUUAUUAUUAUUUUUUUUUGAAAUGCAUGAAAUCAUCCAAUUCACGCAAGGAUCUUUUUGCAACGAGUGUGUGCGAGUAUGUGUGUGUGUGUGGUGUUUGUACGUGCGCGAUCAUUAGUACGUAACGAUGUUUAUGAUACAAUAUUGAAGAUAAUAAAAGCGUAAACGGGAGUGGGAGAAGAGGAGCUUAGGGAUACGAUUGCCGUGGCGCCGCAGUAUCAAUGUGGCCGUUGUGUGUGUAUGUGUGUAUGUGUGGUUGUGGG